AUUCUUCCACGCAUCCAGCGAAGACAAUUGGAGGAGGAAAGCGCGAUCCUCGUGACUCGCGACCCCUCGGGUUUAAAUCCCCUGCGACGCAGCACAAGCUACUACUUCACCGUCACCGGAGAAAAUGGCCGACGACGGAGCAACCUCGGCGGCGACGAGCCGGAGAAAGCCGUCGUGGAGAGAAAGAGAGAACAACAGAAGAAGAGAAAGACGAAGAAGAGCAAUAGCAGCGAAAAUAUACUCAGGACUUCGAGCUCAGGGGAACUUCAACUUGCCAAAGCACUGCGACAACAACGAAGUUCUGAAAGCUCUCUGCGCAGAAGCUGGUUGGUGCGUAGAAGAAGACGGAACCACUUAUCGCAAGGGUUGCAAGCCGCCUCUAGCCAAUGGUGCUGGGAGCUCCAUGAGAAACAUUCCCUUUUCUUCUUCUCAAAAUCCAAGUCCUCUUUCUUCAUCAUUUCCCAGCCCAAUUCCUUCAUACCAAGUUAGCCCUUCCUCCUCCUCUUUGCCAAGCCCGUUUCGUUUAGAUGGGGAUAAGGACAAUGUAUCAAACCUCAUUCCAUACAUUCGCAAUGCGUCCGUGUCUCUUCCUCCUCUCAGGAUAUCAAACAGUGCCCCUGUGACACCACCUCUUUCAUCACCAACAUCAAGAAAUUCAAAACCAAUUCCUACAUGGGAGUCUAUUGCCAAAGAAUCCAUGGCCUCCUUCAAUUACCCUUUCUUUGCAGCUUCUGCCCCUGCUAGCCCCACGCACCGUCACCUUUACACCCCUCUCACUAUUCCAGAAUGCGAUGAGUCCGAUACUUCCAUUGGUGAGUCUGGCCAGUGGGUGAAAUUCCAAGCAUUUGCUCCUUCUGCAUCUGUGUUCCCAACUUCUCCAACCUUCAAUCUUGUUAAACCUGUGAUUCCGCACAGGAUGCCUGAUAACUCAAUCCAAGUGAUGAGGACGAGUUCAGAAGAGUUUGGGGUACAGGUAAAGCCUUGGGUUGGGGAAAAAAUUCAUGAAGUGGCAUUGGAUGAUUUAGAGCUCACACUUGGAAGUGGGAAGGUGCGGAGUUAGGCUGCUAGCAGAAUUACCUCAUCUGGGUUAUGUAAGAAUGAGACCACAGGAUUGUUUUUGCUGGUUGGUUGUUCACUCAACUUGGUGUUAGAGCUUGAGUUAAUAGCUACCUCAUCCAGCUCUGUUGGUGCAAGCAGUUUAUCUGGAAGAGACUAGAGAGUUAUUAUUGGGAACCGGAUUUAUCAGAUGUUGUGGGCAUUUUAUGCAGAAAAUCAUCUCCUUCCAUGCCUUGGGUAAAAUAUAGAAAUGAGAAUUUCACUUCAUCCCUUCAUGAUUAAAUCAGCUAUGGUUCAAAAAGGCUCAUCAAACAUAACUGCUUAAGUAUUAGGUGGUGUGAGUGAUUUGAAAUAGAAAUUUGAGGUUUUGUCAAGUUUAUUGUCUAUCAGAAGCUCACAAGACCAGCUUAUUUGUUAAUGUCAUACAUUUAAAUUGUAUUGUUUUUCUUUAUGUUCCUGUUCUUUGUAUCAAAUAGUUUGUAUGUGAUUUUGAUUUUCACCAACAGGUUUUGUAGUGAGCUCAAAGCGAACAAUUGUCUCUUUUGUUGUCUUUCUACCAUAUUGACCUCUUGAUAACUAAA